AUGGGUGAAUCUUGGUUUCAGAGCGAGUUCCUCAACCCGAGAAGGCUUGUAUUCAAUGUCAUCUUCUACGGUAUCCAAUGCGCCCUUUUCGCUCUGGGUUGGUAUUUGCAAGUCACUGACACGAAGUUGGCUGCCCUCAAUGCUCUGACAUGGUCUGUCUGGACCUCGCGUGGUGCUGGUCUCACCCUCGCGUUUGAUGCUGGACUGCUCCUGGUCCCCAUGUUCCGCAAUAUCAUUCGUGUUGUUCGCCCUAAACUCGCAUGGCUCUUCCCCGCAGAUGAGAACAUCUGGUUCCAUAGACAGGUCGCAUACUCAAUGGCAUUUUGGGCGAUGGUGCAUACUACAGCACAUUAUGUCAACUUUUUCAACGUCGAACGCACUCAGGUCCGCCCAGAGUAUGCAUUGCAGAUUCAUUAUACCCAGGCUGGCGGUAUUACCGGCCAUUUCAUGCUUCUGAUCAUGGUCCUCAUGUAUGCCACUGCCCACCACAAGAUCCGCAACCAAUGUUUCGAAGCCUUUUGGUACACUCAUCACCUUGCCUUCUUCUUCUUCAUUGGCCUUUACACCCACGCCACCGGUUGCUUUGUCCGUGACUCCGCAAAUCCCGACUACAUCAGCAGUUUCCCCUUCUACUCUACGGAACACUGUCUUGGUUACGAGAGCUGGAGGUUCACUAUUUGGCCUGGUAUUAUUUACUUUGGCGAAAGGAUGUAUCGGGAGUAUCGUGCCCGGAGGGCAACAAGGCUGUCCAAAGUUCUUGUCCAUCCCAGUGGAGCUAUGGAACUUCGGAUCAUCAAACCUAGUUUCAAGUACACGGCGGGACAAUGGCUCUUCAUCCAGGUACCGGAAGUUUCCAGAUGGCAAUGGCAUCCUUUUACCAUCACUUCUGCUCCCGAAGACCCCUAUGUGUCCGUUCACAUUCGUCAGGUCGGUGAUUGGACCCACUCCCUAGGAGAGCGGCUUGGCUGCGGUCCAUCUGUGGUUGCCGCCAUGACAAAAGCCGCCAUGAAGGGUGUUGAAAAAGAUGAAAACGAGUAUGGCGGCACUCGUGGCGAAUAUGUCGAGCUCGAUUCCACCACUCUUUCCCCCCAACUUCCUCGAGUUAGAAUCGAUGGGCCUUAUGGCGCUCCUGCUGAGGACGUGUUUGACAAUGAGGUUGCUGUGCUAAUUGGCGCUGGCAUCGGUGUUACUCCCUUCGCGUCAAUUCUCAAACAUAUCUGGUAUCGUCAAAAGAAAGGCGACCUUGGCGCUCUCCGAAGGGUCGAAUUUUUCUGGGUUUGUCGUGACGCACCCUCGUUCGGCUGGUUCCAGAGCCUGUUGCAAGAGGUUGAGGAAGCUCAAGUUGAUCCAAAUUUCUUGCACAUCAAUAUCUACCUCACUCAAAAGAUCAAUGAAGAUAUGCUUUGGAACAUUGCUGUCAAUGAUGCUGGUGCCGAUUAUGAUCCUCUCACACUGCUUCGUACUCGCACCAUGUUUGGCCGCCCCGAUUGGAAGAGCAUCUACCGUAGGAUCAGGGAAGCAAUUGAGAUCGGUCAGUAUCUCCCUGGUAGCGGCGCACAAGUGAAGACCAAAGUCGGCACCUACUUCUGUGGCCCGGGUGUUCUCGCGAAAUCUAUCAAGGCAGCAACCCUUAUGCACAGUAGCAAUAAUGUCGAAUUCACAUUUGCCAAGGAGCACUUCUAG